UAUUCAAGAGGACAACAUGACCACCACUUGGGGCGCUAUGAAAACGCGGAUUACCGCAUCCGUGCGAACCACAAAUCGUAUGAAUGCCUUGCUCUCGGAGUCCAUGCUAAGUCGACGGCGUGCCCUACAAAGUGCUGAGGGUGAGGGCGGAGCUGGCGGUGGUGGCGAAGGAGCUGACUGCAAGGAGAAACCCAAGAAUGAUUGGAAAUUUUUUCACACCAAUUUCAAUAUGGAACGUGCGCAUAAAAUCAUUGAGGAUUGCAUCGAAGAGCGUCUGCUGUGGGAUCGUUUUAGCCGUAAUUAUGAUUCAUGGCGUGCCCUGCAAUUGGUUGAAGGUCUGGCGGCCGAGAUACGAGAUCGGGUCAAGAAGUUAAACCACAGAAGGCAUCGCAUUGUCUGUCUGCUGUCGAUUGUGGAGAAACAGAAUCAGGGCAUCUAUCAGAGGAUGUGCCAUCUGAUGGACGAGAAACGUGAUAAUUUCACUCAAAUGGUUUUCGAGCGUCCCACAUAUUUUAUGAUUGUUGUCCUGUAUUUGGUCCACAAGGAUUGAGAGUGAAAGAAAGAGAGAGAAAGAGAGAGAGUGAAAAAAGAGAAAGUGUUUGAGUGCCUUUGACAUUGCAAAAGCUGUGAGAGCUUACAAAGCUUGCAUGAAAGUUACCGUUAUUUAGCCAUGGCAUAAACCUCGUUGAUUUCCUGAAUUGGAAUUUU